AUGGUCGAUUUCUGGGGCACCACGGCAGGAGGGCCAACCACUUGCGGUGCCCUCGCUAUCGGCGUGGCCAUGUCUUUCGCUCGGCAGGCAGAGGCGGUGGAAUUGCCGCCGUCCCUCGCCCCCCCGACCGGGGGAGACGCGGAGUACGACGCGCCCACCCUCCUCUACGUCCUCGCCACCAACUUCCUGCUGUACGUGGCUCUGGUGCUCAUCACCUACCUUGUGGUGAAACUGUACAUCGAGUCGGCCCCCGGGAACCCUCUGUUCGAGGAGGCGACGACGUACAACAGGGUGCCGGCCACCCACAGCGGGCUGGAGCUGACCUCGAUGACCGUGCAGGCGCGUAUUGCGGCGGCACAGGGGGCCGGCGGAGGGGGAAGCACGGGUGGCGGUGGCGGUGGCGGUGGCACCAUUAUGACCCCUGACGGGGCCCGGCGAGAAUCGGCGGGCGGGUUGUCUCUUAGCAGGCAGAGCAGCUGGUUGGACUUCGACGCGGACCUCGAGCACACCAUGACGAGGGACGAGGUGUUCCGACGACUGAUCAUCCUGGCGGUGGGGCUUAACGUGACGUUCGUGCUGUGGGGGGUGUUGCAGGAACGGAUCUUGAAGGGGGAGUACGGUGACGGCGAGCACUUUACCUACUCGUACGGGCUGGUGUUCAUGAACCGCUUCCUGGGCUUCUUGUUUUCCGCCGGAAUGAUGCACUACACAAGGCCCAAGUGGUCGAAGGCUCUGGCCUACGAGUACUCCUUCCCAGCGGUUUCGAACAUGCUCAGCUCGUGGUGCCAGUAUGAAGCGCUCAAGUACGUCACCUUCCCGACUCAGGUUUUGUCGAAGAGCUUCAAGAUCGUGCCCAUCAUGGUCAUGGGCAAGAUUCUCGGAAACAAGGAGUACCCGUUCUACGAUUACGUCGUGGCAGGCGUUAUCGCCCUGGGGAUCACUCUUUUCCUGAACUCCUCCGAGGGGGUGGACUUCGGGACAGACAUGUUCGGCCAGCAGGAGCAGGGCAGCAGCGUAGCGUGCGGGAUGAUGCUGCUGGCUCUUUACCUGGUGUUCGACUCCUUCACCUCGCAGUGGCAGAGCCGCAUGUUCACCAAGCACAGGGACUUGAGCCCGAUCCAGAUGAUGUUCGUCAUGACGGCCUUCAGCACGAUUUUCUCUUUCGUGACCCUGGUGCACCAAGACGAGCUGGUCCCCUUCUUCGCCUUCGUGUCGGACCAUCCGGAGAUCCACCUUCACUUCGUGGCCUUCGGGGUGUGCUCGACCAUCGGCCAGCUCCUCAUCUUCCACACGAUCCGGUCGUUCGGGGCGGUUGUGUUCGCGAUCAUCAUGACGACGAGGAUAGCCCUCAGCAUCCUUGUGUCGUGCCUCAUCUACGACCACCCUGUCACGGAGCUGGGACUCCUGGGGAUGCUGAUCGUGUUCGGGGCGGUUUUUUACCGCAUCAACCGCCGUUUGCAGGGCAAGAGGCUGCUGGAGUGGGAGGGGAUGGACGACUCUAAGGGCAUGGACAUGUUUCACGAGUGGCAUGAGCACCUCGACCUCUAGUAAUAUUUUAGACAUUCUGUGUGUGAAACACUGCCGUUCCGAGUCUCGUGGGGGGGGGGGGGGCGACUCCCUGUUUGGGCGGAGGCAGCCAAGGGAGGAAGAAGUGCACACAUCUGCACGUUUCCCGCUGAACGAAAGUUACCACGCAUGCAAAACGAACGAACGGCCUACUGCACGCCAUGGACUCCACCCUAACGAGGCGAAGAUGUUGAGAUUGGAUCCGCGCCAGAGCGCAAGGUGUGUCAUGCAGUGCUUUGUAUACUCAGCUGGGGAGUGACUGGUUUGUCUUAUCCUUGCCGACCUUUUCGUGAUGGGUGCGGAGGAAACACGAGUGGGGGGGUAAACCGUUAUACGGUGCGGCGUGUUUUCCUCGCGUUAGAUGUCUCAUCUCUGCCUAGUCGCGCUUGGGGGUCCAUGACCGUGUACGCGGGUCCUGUCUCCUCAUGCUGGUUUGCUUUUUCUAUCGGCCGUGUAGGUUGUCUGGCGAUGCUUCCAGCAUCAGGAAGCAAGUGUUUUUCCUGCGUAGGUUUGAACUAUUCAAGGGAGAACAAAAACGAAAUGCUGGUUGUGUGUAGUGGGAUUCUCAAUCGUUGAGCGUAUGGAUGAUGCCACAGAGUGUGGUAGGAGUUAAGAACAUGUACGAUGUGUGUUCUCCGCGCGGUUGUGAUGAGUGAAAUGGCUAGCGGUAGUAGCCUCCAGCACGCUUUUGAUGCAGAGCACGUUGGGAUUUGCGACGACUACUUGUAUGUGCCUCAGAAGUAUCUCUCCCGUGUCUCGCGGGGGAUACGAGAAUAGGCUUCGAGCCUGCGUUUCGUCGUCAAUUUCGUUUCGUGUUCCAUGUGUCUCAACAUGCUUUGGUUUCCUUGAACAGAGAGCAAGGGUCGGUUGAUGAAAUUGUUGACGAGGAAACCUGCACUCAGC